CUGUCAUUGUCAUUCGCCACUCACAUUAGCUAGCAUGGCGAGGUUCUUGAGGCCCAACAUCCGUGGUUUGUUCGCUUUACAGCAGAGAAUGGCGUCCGACCAGCUGGGCGAGCUCGGUAAAGGUGCAGGAAAAGGUGGCGGAGCAGGCGGCUCCAUCAGAGAGGCCGGUGGAGCCAUGGGAAAGAAACAAGCGGCCGAGGAGGAACUAUACUUCAAGCGCAAGGAGCAGGAGCAGCUGGCAGCACUGAAGCAACACCACCAGGAGGAAAUCGACCACCACAAAAAAGAGAUUGAGCGUCUGCAGCGGGAGAUUGACCGUCACAAGGGGAAGAUCAGGAAGCUGAAGCAUGACGACUAACCAAAAUGAGCUUCCGCCAGACAUCUUUAAUCAAGGCUUUAUUGCAUCUGAAAAAAAAUUAUAUAUUCUGCCUUUGUGUUCUUCUGCCACUCCCCAUCUCGGAGUAAAAUUGCAUUACCAGCAAGGCAUGAUUGUGUGGUCAAUUGUUUUUUUAAAGCACUUGCAACAGUUCACAAAAUGAAUGUUGUUUCCAUGCAACUGUUGUAUGUUUCAAACAGCAAAUAAACAUGACCUUGUGUGACAAAUACA